GGGGACAUCGACGACAGGGGCCAUCCGUUCUCGCGCAACGAGGUGAAGCCCAUUUCCUCCUGGCAGGCUAUCAUGCAGCACCACGAUGCGACACGCGUCGUCGACUUCGCGCCGGGCUCCGGCGCCCUGGCCGCCGCUGCCUCUGGCGCGAUGCAGUGCGAGGGCAUCGCUGGCAACGACGCGCAUAGGGACCGGCUCAAUUCCAUCGUGGAUAGGCGCGCCAUGCACAAGGCGGGCCACGGGAAGGGGCACGCGGAGCAGUUGGGCGGCGACUCGGAGUUCGCCGAGAAAGCCAGCAAGUACUUCGGCAGCGCCACGCUGGAGGCGCGCCGGUGGCUGAUGCCGGACGGCGGCGAGGGCGGAGACGACGAGG